ACCUACCGCGACAACUAUUCCUCGGUUUUCCUUUCUCUUUCUCUGUUCUCUUUUCUCUCUCCCACGCUCAAGCAUUUCUUCUUUAGUCUCCUUCGCCUUUGAUGAUAUUCUCAUUCCCAUGAUCUCCGCCAAUUCUCCACUCGCAACCGCGGUUUCUGCACUCGCCACAGCGAAAUCCAAUCUCGCUCCAAUUCCUCCACGCGGAUAUCGGAAUCUAGGGUUUCGGUUGAGUUCUCAACGCUUUGGUCCAAGUGAGAUGGAUUUGGUGAGAAAGGUGACCAGAGGUUGCUUCGGUGAUCGCGCUGGGAAGGGGUGGAUGGUGGAGGUUGAGUCCAUGGGAGGCGAGGAUGUGUUCGAUGCGGUGGUGGCGGCGGAGGCCAAGGUGUUUCCGGAGCAUCUUGUCAUCAUGGUUAAUGGAAUCGUUGGGAGUGCUGCAGAUUGGAAAUAUGCAGCAGAGCAAUUUGUGAAGAAGCUUCCUGAUAAAGUCAUCGUCCAUCGAAGUGAAUGCAACUAUUCAACGUUGACUUUCAAUGGUGUUGACUUGAUGGGUGAGAGGCUAGCUGAUGAGGUAUUGGCUGUUGUCAAACGUUGGCCUGAGGUGCGAAAGAUCUCCUUUGUGGCACACUCUUUGGGUGGGCUUGUUGCAAGGUAUGCUGUUGCGAGGCUGUAUGAACCUUUUCCAAAAAUGGAAUCCUCAGGUCUUUCUGUGAAUCAUUCAGUUCAAAGCCUUGAGCAACCGUAUGAGGAUAGAAUUGCUGGACUGGAACCCAUGAACUUUAUAACAUUUGCGACACCACAUCUUGGUUCAAGGGGACACAAACAGCUUCCAUUACUUUGUGGUCUUCCUUUUCUGGAGAAAAGAGCAUCACAGACUGCACACUGGAUAGCUGGGAGGUCUGGAAAGCAUCUCUUCCUCACUGACAGUGAUGACGGGAGACCUCCCCUUCUCCUCCAAAUGGUUAAUGACUCUGAUGACCUAAAAUUCAUAUCAGCUUUGCGUUCUUUCAAGCGCCGUGUUGCGUAUGCAAAUGCAAACUAUGAUCAUGUUGUGGGUUGGAGUACAUCAUCGAUCCGGCGCCAAGAUGAACUUCCAAAGAUUAAUCAUCUUGUGAAGGAUGAAAAGUACCCACAUAUUGUAUAUAUCGAGAGAGAAACUACUGAUGACUUCCAUAAUAAGGCCUCUUCCAUUGCUGGAGACCAAACAACUGAUAUUGAAGAGGAAAUGAUUCAAGGCCUUACCCAAGUACCUUGGGAACGUGUGGAUGUUAGCUUUCACAAAAGUAGGCAACGAUAUGUUGCACAUAAUACCAUUCAGAUCCAUACAGAUCUAAGAUGCAAAAAACCUUACCUACCAGCUCUGCAAAUACCAGAACAACUCUUAAAUGAAGUUAGGGUAUGCAAUGUGUUUCAAAAAUUAUAUAUUUUAUGUGGCUUUUUAUUAGGAUUAGACUUUCAAGUAAUGCUUUAUUUUAGUUAGAAAUGCAGUUAUGAUUAAUCUAAAUUGCGAUCUGUGGUUGAUUGGUUGACGAAUUCUUUAUUCUCGGACAGACAGAGGAUGUUUUGGCUGUUAAUGUGAGAGUGUGACAAGUUCUUGGAGAUUCAUUUUUGUCUGGAUUCUGGAGAAUCUGGAAAAAUGGAAAGCUAAAACUUCUGAUUGCAUGUUGCAGGCAACAUAGCAUUAACCCUUUAACCCAUAGAGAUGGAGCUUUAGAAAUUAGCAUCCAAAAGUCUUUCAUAACAGCAACAAACUUUAAGUUUUCUAUCCUUUUCAAUCCUAGCUUCUUUUCUUCUUGGUCCUAAAACCUCCUUCACAGCAACUACGAUACUGUAUCGCCUAUCAUUUUUUUCAGUCCACAAAAGUUGCUGAUGUUGCUGUUCAAUAGGCUUUCUCUGAAGAAUAAAUGAGCUUCCCCAGUACACUUGUUGGCUGAAAAGCACUAAUUUCAUGAGAUGCAACCUACACCAUAAGAAAGGAACUAAAAUUCCUUUGUUUGAAUCUGGCCAAAAUUUCAUCCAUCAGAGACUAACAUAAUCCAAAAUGGAGAGCAGGGAAGAAGCCAAAGGCACCUCAGGUGUCCUACAGGGAACUUUCCUUCCUCAAAUCAAUUGAAUCAUCUGUUUCUUUUACUACCCUUUUUACUCCAAGCCCUUAUAUAAUGCUCAUGCCUUUAUUUGCUUGAGUCUGCUGCACCAAAGAAAUGAUCCGUAGCUUCUUUAAGAAUCUUUAUUUAGAUUUCUUAUUCAAGCCCAUAAAAGAACCAAGUCAUCAUAGAACUCAAACAAGUGAUA